UUUUCUUCAGCAGCAAAAUAAAUAAAAGUUGAGAAAAUGAAUCGCGUAGAUGAUGAUGCCAAAGAAACUGUUACGUCCAGAGCCGUAAGCGGAGACGAGGAGGGGCGAAAGCGUGUGGAGAAAGUGGAAGUAGACAGUCCCAACGUGGACACGCUUAAGUACAUAGAAAGGAAACUGAUUGACAAGGGCGUGCAGAGACAAGACCGUCGUCCUAUUGAUGGGAUUCCGUUAGGCCGUCAGCAUAAGUCCGGUCACGGGGGAAAGUAUACGUGGGAGGGGCCCAGGGACACUGCGGAGAAUGAACUGGGUGCAGCUCCUCCUGCCAUAGAUGAAAACGAUCCAAACUAUGGGGAGGUUAGUGGGGUCGCCGGAUUGGUGGUCGGAGAGUUGGAGGUCCCUAAACUUGCUGAAGAAGGUGUGGCUCGGAUUGAUGUUGAUCCUCAAUUGCAGACCAAUAUUUAGUUUUUUUUUCUGUUUUUUCAAUUGGAAUGAUUUAAUUUUGUAACUGAGAGGUUUAGUUUGUAGGCAUGCAAACUUUGUGCUUUUCUUUUUAUUUUUUUAUUUUCUGGGUAACUUAAACUUAGUAGUGCUUUUCUGCCUUUUCUUGAGCAGCCCUGCUGUCUCGGUAGUGGUAACAUUUUUUGUGGUCACUUUUUAGUUUUUUUUUUUUCCCCAGUAAAAUCAGCGCUUCUGAGUUCAGUUCUCAAUAAGCACCAGUAUUAGUGUGCAACUGUAAUUGAAUGCUUGAUGGAAUAAAGAAACAUCUUUCCUGUUGAA